UCAAGACGAAACUCAGCGGCAGUUUCUAGUUGCACUUCAUGUCCUGAUACAGUGCGAAGAGGUGUUGGAAAACUGAUACACCUGUUUAUUGGUUAUUCCUACCUGUUCAGUGAUAAAGGGCCUACAAUUAGGGUCGUUUCUUGUCUUACCUUUGAGAGCGAACUAUGUGUUUGUGAUUUGUUUGGUUGUGAUCGGUGAUUACUCAGUGACUUCGCAUUUGAAUCGUUCGAGAUGGGUGAUAGGGACUUGAAAAUUAAUGGUGCACAAAAGACUGAUAAGUCACCAGACGUCGAAAGCGGGAAAGUGGUGGAUUUGGACGGCGAGGCAGGUAAGGAGACCGCCGCCACGCUAAGAAGCAUCAAAAACCGACCAGUACGCGUCCUGCUACGGCGUGUCGCGGUUAUGGCAGUUCUCGUAGCGAUCCUAGCGGGCCUGGGGGCUGUAGUAUGGUACUUUAUGGGAUGGAUGUCGUUGGUGCAGCUGAUAUUGGUCGCCCUCAUUGCCUAUCUGGCCUCGGGAAAAUACCGCUGGUUCUAUGUGGCCAUAAGAACAGCGCCCAGGGACAUUAGGGCUCUGUACAGAUUCAUCCGACUACAGAUACAGAUUAAGGGAUACGCCAGGAAGAAUUCAACGUUGGCCGACAUCUUCAGGGAGAAUGUGAAGAAGCACCCGAACAAAAUAGCGAUCUGCUUCGAGGAUCAAGAGUGGGAUUUCGCAAAGCUAGAAGAGUACAGCAAUAAAAUCGCCAAUGUGUUCAAGAGCCACGGCUACAAAAAAGGUGACGUGGUCGCACUUUUUAUGGAGAAUAAACCCGAAUUCAUAGGAAUAUGGUUGGGUUUAUCCAAAUUGGGGGUUAUCGUACCUUUCAUCAAUACCAAUUUGAGGCUGUCCACGCUGGUCCAUUCCAUAACGAUAGCCAAGUCUCAAGCGGUCAUAUUUGGAAGCGAACUAUCUGAUGCGAUUUCAGAAAUUCUCGACAAAAUAGAAUCGAAAACUGCUCUCUAUCAAGUUAAUGGAGGAAAUAACAACAAAUCUAGCUCGGAUCAGAGGUUCAAACCUCUGGAUGAGUACUUGAAGGAUGCCCCUGGAUCCGCAGUUCCAACGCCGGAGAACCUAAAUCACCAUAGCAAUCUGGUAUAUAUUUAUACUUCUGGUACAACAGGCCUACCGAAGGCUGCAGUAAUAAGCAACUCUAGAUACAUUUUUAUAGCCGCUGCUAUCCAUUGGUUGGCCGGUUUCAACUGUACGGAUCGCUUUUACACACCCCUACCUCUGUACCACACCGCCGGGGGUUGUAUGAGCGUCGGGCAAAUGUUACUCUACGGCUCUACGCUGAUAAUCAGGAAAAAAUUCUCCGCCUCGUCGUAUUUCGCCGACUGUCAAAAGUACAAGGCAACGGUUGCUCAAUACAUAGGCGAAAUGUGCAGGUACAUCCUAGCGGUACCUCCGAAACCGAGCGACAGACAACACAACUUGAGGAUGGUAUUCGGCAACGGACUCAGGCCCCAAAUAUGGGUGGAAUUUGUGGACAGAUUCAACAUACCGAAUGUUGCCGAAUUUUAUGGCGCCACAGAAGGAAACGCUAACAUAGUUAACAUAGACAAUACAGUAGGCGCUAUUGGAUUUGUAUCGAGAAUCAUACCAUCGGUGUAUCCCAUAUCAAUCAUCAAAGUCGAUCAGAACACUGGCGAACCCAUCAGGGAUCAUAAGGGACUCUGCAUGCCAUGUGAACCUAACGAACCAGGCGUUUUCAUCGGAAGGAUAGUUGCCAACAACCCCUCCCGAGCUUUCCUAGGUUAUGUGGAUAAAAAAGCGUCCGACAAGAAGGUGGUCAAUGAUGUGUUCUACCAUGGAGAUAAGGCAUUUUUGUCGGGUGACAUCAUCGUUGCUGACGAAUUCGGUUACCUCUACUUCAAGGACAGGACCGGCGACACUUUCAGGUGGAAAGGAGAAAACGUAUCAACAUCCGAGGUCGAAGGAGUUUUGAGCAAUAUUCUAGAUUACAAGGAUGUCGUUGUUUAUGGCGUGGAGGUUAGGAACCAAGAAGGUAGAGCUGGAAUGGCGGCUAUUUUAGAUCCAGAAGACAACGUCGACCUCAAGGCCCUAGCUGAGGGAUGUAGGAAGAGUUUACCAUCUUAUGCCAGACCGAUUUUCAUUAGAAUAUUGAAGAAAAUGGAUAUGACAGGAACCUACAAGUUGAAGAAAGUGGACCUACAGAAAGAAGGAUUUGAUCCAUCUACAACGACUGACAACAUCUACUAUCUAGACAGUUCGGGUUCCUAUUCUUUAUUAACCAAAGAUAUUUAUAAUAAAAUCGAUAGCGGUUCAAUUCGGGUUUAAUAUUAAGUGUAUAGUGUACUUACAGUGGAAUUAUUGUGAUCAAGUAAAUUGACUGAAGAAAGACUUAUGAGAAUCUGUAUGUGUGGAUGGCAAAUCUUUUUCCCUUCGCUAAUUUUUAAGGUUUUACACUGGAAAAUAAGCAUAUUUUAUAUAGGUAAAUAUUUUUCUAUAUCCAACGUCGAUGUUUUGUUGAGAGCUCUGUUAUUUCAUUUUUAGAAAAUAAUAGUGUACGCAUAAGCUAAAAGAGAUGGAAAUAAAUAUAUUGAUAGAUUA